AUGCAGGGGUUUGGAGCUCGCCUUGACGGUGAAGUCACAGUGCGGCGCUUUGUGGCACCACAGCGGAGCACAACAGCCACCAUUCGCAGUGGUGAUCUUCUGGAGCCGAUUGCCGCGGUGGCAGCCCGUGUUGGCGUGGAUGCCGCAAGGUUGGAGGGGUUGGUGGAUGCGCAGGGGCUCGCAAUUUUCGGCAAACUGCAAGCUGGGGCGGAGGUGUUUCUCGCGGGCGCUGUAGUCGAGAAUGACGCGAACGACGGCAACAAUGACGAUGGUGGCACUGAAAGGUCCUUGCUUCAGCCACCAGACGCAUCGGUGGCCUGGGCGUACGACCCACGCAUGCUGCUCCAUGUGCCGCCCGUGGAUCGUAUACCAGAGACGCCAUACCGCUUGCAGCGGGCCGUUGAGUGUCUAAAGUCAACCCCACGUGCUAACGAGUUGCUACCGGAAGAACUGCUCUUCCCAGAGGAAGAGGAAGCUGCUACAACGCCGCGAGCCAGGUUGGACGAUGCAAAUAAAACUUCCACGAGUGAGGUGGUUCCACCUUCGUGUUGGCUCCCGCCCCGGCUGGCCACACUUGAGGAAAUCGCCUUGUGCCACGAUACAUCGCGGUACCGUGGCUUCGUCGAGCACGGCACAGCACUCACCCCACUGCUCAAAACAGAUGUCUACUGCAACGACAUGACAAGCAGUGUGGCCACUCGCCUUGCUGUCGGCGCCGUGAUUGAUGCGGCGCGUUGCGCGCUUGCUGGGACGCCUUCGUUUGCCUUUUGUCUUGUGCGUCCACCUGGUCAUCACUGCACAGUUGACACACCGGGCGGGUUCUGUCUUGCAAACAACGUCGCCAUCGCGGCACGUCAGCUCCUGAAAGAUUGGCGCGACGAUAACAAGGGUCGUGGUGACGGAACAUUGUCAGCGUCGCCACGCAUAGCAAUCGUUGAUCUUGACGUACAUCAUGGUGAGGGAACACAGUCGUUUGUGGAGGAGGAGCCGCCGCCACUGUGCGACGCAAACACCGUCUCACCCCUGCUAUAUUUCUCACUGCACCGCUACGACCAUGGCACUUUCUACCCCGCGGACCCCCGUGGUGACACCGCAUAUGUGGGGCGCUACCGCAACGUGUGCAACGUUGCCGUUAAUACCGCGGCUAACGACCCAGCGUGCUGCGAAGAGGUUGUGAGUGAUGCCGUGUUUGAGCGCGUGGUGGACGAUGUCCUUCUUCCACGCCUGUGUCGCUUCUGCCCGGAUGUUGUGUUGCUCUCAUUGGGAUUUGACGCCGCCUACGGCGAUCCACUCGGACGAAUGGCCGUUGAGGGCGGAUUCGCAUACGCAGUGCGGGCAUUAAAGCAGUUUUGCCGCUCACAGCCACAGCAGCGGAAGGUGCGGGAAUUGCACGCUGGUCUCGUGGUUGUCCUGGAGGGUGGCUACUUACCGGUGGCGGUGGCGCAGGGUGUCACUGCUGUUGCCCACGCGCUUCGGUACCCGGCCAAUGACGCAGACGUCGUGCGUUACGCGGCGCGUCAGGUGCCGAAGACGUGGCAGGACCUUCGCCGCCGUACUGCACGUCAACAGCAUGAAAUAAAACAGCAACAAGUGGAGGAACAGCUGCAUGGGGUUGAGGGGGAGGUAAAGAAAGCGGAGGCGUUGUGUGAAACAGCGUCUGCUUCUCCCACACAGAGCAUUGAGGGGGCCGCGCUGCUGCCGGAGGACGGCAUACUCUUAGAAAGGCAUGAAAGAUGGUGCGAUCGGCUUAUUUCCCGUGUGUUGUCCAUCCACGAGGAGGCAAACGGACCGCAAUAA